AUGAUGCUGAUGCAACCACGUCCCGCCCUAAAUCAGCCCGAUUCUCGGCCGAAUCACAGCCCCCAGACGGCCCAGCGACCCCCCGCCCCGACUACUGUGCCUCGAAAAAGCAGCCUGGUGCUUCUCUCGCUGUCCGCACUCCAUGACGGCGGCGGCAUGGACGUCGACACGGCCUGCUGGCCUGCUGGCCUGCGGCCCGCGGCCUCGUUGCUGGCAACCGGUGGGGCGAUGGGUCUUUUUCGUUGUUCAUUCAGCUCCCCGGCCCGCUCGACCCUGCAUCCCCAGCAUCAGCUUGAGUGUCGUUGGGUCACGGCCGUCAACUCGGCCUCCAAAAGCGGCUAG